AAUCGACUCCCGAGUGUCAGACGGCAUCUCUUCUCACAAUGGCAGCAGCUAAGCCUUUUCUCUCCACUGAUCUGUACUCCUGCUCGGUGUGUCUGGAGGUCCUGAAGGAGCCGGUCACCAUCCCAUGUGGACACAGCUACUGCCUGCAAUGUAUUAAUAAGCACUGGGAUCGGUCAGGCUUAAUGGGGUCUUACAACUGCCCUCAGUGCAGAAUGGACUUUCAUCCAAGACCACAGCUUCACCAAAAUACGACUCUCACAAAUCUGAUCCAAGACUUAAAGAAAGAGGGAGUCAUCAGAGAUCCACCUCAGAAGAACGCAGGGCCGGGCAAUUUGUCCUGUGAUGUUUGUCCUGGGAAAAAAUGGAAAGCUUCAAAGACCUGCAUGGCCUCCUUCUGUAAGACGCAACUGAAGCUUCGCUUGGAAUCGCAGGCCUUUGGUAGACACAAACUGGACGAGCCGACUAGAUACCUGGAGGAGAAGCUCUGCUCAAAGCACCAGAGAGUCCUGGAGAUGUUCUGUAGGACCGACGAGAGCCUCAUCUGCUCAGUGUGUGCGAUAACUGAACACAAGAGUCACGACAUCAGGACGCUCGAAGAGGAGACAGCUGAGAGAAAGUGUCAACUAGUGAGCAAAGCAAAAGAAGUAAAAAGGAGAAUCCUGGAGAAGGAAACAAAAGUGGCAAAACUGAAGAAGUUUUCAAAGACAAUUCAGAAGUCUGCAAAAAAAAAAGAGCAAGAACACGAGGAGACCAUCAAUGCUCUCCUUCAGUCCAUUGAGAGGCUGACGUCAGAAGUCUCUGAGGUCAUUAGAGAUCACGAGAGGAGGGAAGUGAGAAAAGCAGAGGAGCUCAUCAACAUAUUGGGUAAGGACAUUGAGGUGCUGCAGAGCAGAGAAGCCAAGAUGGCUGAGUUCUCAAAGAUAGACGACCACAUCCACUUCUUAAAGAGGUCGUGUCAUGUCUGUGUCCCUCCUGCUGAUGGCAAUGCUCCUAACAUCACUGUAAGAGCGGAUUUCCUUCCUGAAACUCAAAAGAAGAAACUGUCCGGUGUGAAGAGGAGUCUUCAGAAGAUCACUGGCAAGGAGUUUGUGAAGAGCAAAAAGACCAUAUGUGACAUUUCAAGUGACGUCCCUAAGAAGCUGAAUAGAAAUGACCUUUUAAAAUACUCCUGUCCGCUCACCUUGGACCCCAACACGGCACACAGACGCCUGCACCUGUCUGAAGGGAUAAAGCAGGUGACAUGUAUGGGAGCAGACGGCCCGUAUCCUGAUCAUCCUGACAGAUUUGACAGUUGGCCCCAAGUUCUGUGCAGUGAGGCUCUGAGUGGCCCUCCUCGCCAUUACUGGGAGGUCGAGUGGAGUGGACAAGGGGUUGAUGUUGGAGUGACGUAUAAAAGGAUCAGACGGCAAGGAGCAGGAAACGAUUGUCUCCUUGGAUUCAAUGACAACUCCUGGAGUUUAAUCUGCUGUGAUUCCAAUUUCUCUGUGUGGCACAAUGUGAGGAAGACUGAAAUAAGCGCCCCCUUCAGUCACAGAAUAGGGGUGUUUCUGGACUAUGCAGGAGGCUCCCUUUCUUUUUAUAGCAUCUCAGACACCAUGACCCUCCUGCACAAGUUCAACGCCUCCUUCACCGAGCCACUCUAUGCGGGUUUUAGGAUUCGAGAAAACUCCAGCCUAGUGAUCUGCCCUCUGAAGCAGUCUGACCAGUGACCAGCUUUGUCUGUAGGUCACUUCAUGUUUUCUAUCGCAAAGGGACAUCUUUAAAUUGUAGAGAUCAUGCUAGAGUUCAUUCCUCAAUUCCUUUUUGGUACCUUGCACCUGCACCCCAAACACCCAGCCACAACCAAACUACACAAUCAUGGGUUCAAGGAAAGACGUUUCAUUCAAAUGACAUACCCACUACAGGUUUUUUAUCACCUGAUAGAUCCCUUACAGCUUCUUUUCUUUCCCUUCCUUUUCCACCUCCACUCUCCGUUGAGCAGGCCUUGUCCAUGUCCUCCCAACUCUGACUGCUGGAGUGACUGCUUUUCAACACAAACCCUGGGCUACUUCUGGUGCAACAGGAUUGUCACCUGGAAGGUCUGGUGGAACCUCUUCAUAAUAGAUGAGCAGCUCCCCCAAGUGGCACCCAAGAACCCCAACAGGGCUGCCCAGCAAAACUACAACUCCCAUUCAGUCCUGCAGGUCUCCAAACAGGAGACAUACCAGAGGGACACUGCCACCUGGUGUACUGGGUGAAACACACUGGGUGGCAUUUGCCCUCUGUCCUUCUUUCAUAAUGGAAAGGCACCACUAACCAAUCCAAUCUGGAUGCCCGGACAUCAAUGUCCUUCCUUUAUCACGGCUUCCUAGCUGGGUAAGGAACCAUCUACCGUGGCCAGUGUGCCAGUCAACCUGUGUCUUCUAUGACAACACACACACACAGUCACUGGGCAUCCUGCUCUUUCUCUUGCCAGAAUGACCCUGGACCACUGUAGCUCAUGGGGGUGCUAUCUAUC